ACAGGUAGCUAAAGCCAUUGAAGGCCUAAUUCCCUUGCCAGCAACCAUUCCAAAUGAUGCUAGAAGGGAAGAGCUUGAGGAAAUGGAGAAGGAGAAGGCUGCAAUUGACGAAAGAGCCGAAACGCUCGUACGACGGGAGCUCUGGAGUGGACUGGGCUUCCUCAUGGUUCAAACAGCUGCAUUCAUGAGGCUCACCUUCUGGGAGCUCUCUUGGGAUGUCAUGGAGCCAAUUUGCUUCUAUGUCACCUCUGGUUACUUCAUUGCUGGAUAUACCUUCUUCCUCAGAACCUCAAAAGAGCCCUCUUUCGAAGGAUUCUUCCAAAGCCGGUUCAGCACAAAGCAGAGGCGCCUGAUGAAGGCUCGGAAUUUCGAUAUCGCCCGUUACAAUGAUCUCCGAACAAGUUUUUAUCCGUCCUCUUCCUCCCCAGUUCAGGGAUUUCCCUCUUCAAACUCUAUGCUGUAUGAUGAUUCAGCAAAGAUGCAGUUGGGAUCUAUACAACAUUAAAAAAAGUUGCACAGAAUUUGAAAAAUAAACAGUAUACAAAUAUAGUGCUGUUGAACAAAUUUUUCCCCCUGCUAUUUUAAUAGCUUUCAUUAGGUGCGGCGGCUUUCUGUAAACAGAGUUGAUAGAAUUGUUCCCUCUUCUAACAAAAAGCUUAAUCCUCCUUUUUCUUAUUUAAUACACGUUAAUAGGACCAAAAAUAAGUUCUUUGGG